AUUCAACACGAAGAAGCGCUCUUGGCGUGUGUUUAGAAAAUUUGCCAACUUUUUAAAUACCGCCAAAUACCGGCUCUAUAAAUUUUAUUAUCCCGCUCUGUAAUUUUUUUAAACCGACAGCCGCACCAAAAGUGACAUCAGUAGCUGUGAGUUUUUUUAACAUUGGUAUAAGUUUAAGGUUCAAAUAUUCUAAAUAGCCUGAAAAUGGGCGAUAAGGGUGAUGCAGAAACAUUUGAUGACGCAGUCGAAGAAAGAGUUAUCAAUGAGGAAUAUAAAAUAUGGAAAAAAAAUACACCUUUUCUCUACGACUUGGUAAUGACCCAUGCUUUGGAAUGGCCCUCUCUUACAGCCCAGUGGUUACCAGACGUUACUCGCCCAGACGGAAAAGAUCAUUCUAUACACCGUUUAAUUCUUGGGACUCACACUUCUGAUGAACAAAAUCAUCUACUAAUUGCUAGUGUUCAAUUACCAAAUGAAGAUGCCCAAUUUGAUGCUUCACAUUAUGAUAACGAAAAGGGAGAAUUUGGAGGAUUUGGAUCAGUUUCUGGUAAAAUCGAAAUUGAAAUAAAAAUAAACCAUGAAGGUGAAGUAAAUAGGGCCCGUUACAUGCCUCAAAAUCCAUGUGUCAUAGCCACAAAAACGCCAUCCAGCGAUGUUCUAGUUUUCGACUACACCAAACAUCCCAGCAAACCUGAUCCAAGUGGAGAAUGUCACCCAGAUCUCAGACUUAGAGGCCAUCAAAAAGAAGGAUAUGGUCUCUCUUGGAAUCCAAACUUAAAUGGCUACCUUCUAUCUGCUAGUGAUGAUCACACAAUCUGUCUCUGGGAUAUAAACGCCACGCCCAAAGAAAACAGAAUUAUCGAUGCGAAAACUGUAUUUACUGGACAUACAGCUGUUGUAGAAGAUGUAGCUUGGCAUUUAUUACAUGAAAGUCUCUUUGGAUCAGUAGCAGAUGAUCAGAAAUUAAUGAUUUGGGAUACCAGAUGCAACAACACCAGCAAACCUUCCCACACAGUUGACGCUCACACAGCAGAAGUCAAUUGUCUAAGCUUCAAUCCCUAUUCUGAGUUUAUCCUGGCAACUGGUAGUGCUGAUAAGACUGUAGCUUUAUGGGAUUUACGAAACUUAAAAUUGAAGCUUCACAGUUUCGAGUCGCACAAAGAUGAAAUAUUCCAAGUACAAUGGUCGCCCCAUAAUGAGACAAUCUUGGCCUCCUCCGGAACUGAUAGAAGACUUCAUGUAUGGGACUUGAGCAAAAUUGGUGAAGAGCAAAGCCCUGAAGAUGCCGAAGACGGCCCACCAGAAUUGCUGUUUAUUCAUGGAGGCCACACAGCUAAAAUUUCUGAUUUCAGUUGGAAUCCCAACGAACCCUGGGUUAUUUGCUCCGUUUCUGAAGAUAAUAUCAUGCAAGUUUGGCAGAUGGCUGAGAAUAUUUAUAAUGAUGAGGAACCUGAACAACAAGCUUCAGAUAUUGAGACUACGGCGAGUUAAAAUAUUUACAAAUUUAAUGUUUUGUCUAAGUUAUUACCUGUCUCAGUUUAGAUUUCGAUAUAAUUAGGAUUAAGUUUGUAACAAAAAAUAUAAAUUUUUAAAUAUAAAAAAACUUUUUUUUGAACAACCAGCAUAAAUAAUUUCUGUGAAAUUAGAUGCAUUUUUGGCAGUUCUGUAGCUCAGCUCUACAGCACUUAUAUGGACCAGCCGCCACUUUUAUAUUUUUGUAUUGUCACCCCCUAUAGUUAGAUACCAGAGU